AAAAACAAUCUACCACUGCUCCGCCAGUCCAUGAGUGAUAUUUUUCACAGCCAUUCUGUUCUUAUGUGUUGUGAUUCCUAUACGACAACAGUACUAUUCGGAGUCAAUCAUGGUCCUCGUAGACUUAAAGGUGAGUAUUUUUAUCCUUUUCAAUCGUUUGAACGAUGCAUCGCAAAUGACGGGUUUUGGGUUUUCUAGCAACGGUCAAACAUCCCCAUAAAAACUUUGAACAGAAAAUUAUUGUUUAUUUACCCUUUACCCAGGUUAGUGUACCGGUUUUAAACUAUAGAGACGGUCUUCGCGAUGAUCCGAGUCUCAUAAAUCAGUAACAUCUUACUUAUUUAAAAUAUACUCUCACGUUUUAGUAAGUUAUAAUAAAAAUUAAUAACAGAAUUAAUAAUUAUCAAAACAAAAAAUUGUAAAUUGUGUAGGUACUUUUAAUAUCCAUUUUAAACAUGUAGUUACGUAUAUGUAAUUAACGAAAAUUAUAAUUUGCUUUCCCUAAAUUCUGGUCAUCUCACUGUUUUAAACUUUGCUGAGAAUUGGUCGCCACAAUGCUCCAAGUCUUUUAAAUCAGUGACACAUCAUCUAAAUUCUUAUAUUGCAAUAUACCCUCACGCUCUACUGAGGUGUAAUACUCAUUAAGAAAACAUUAGAUAUUUACAAGUAAAAAUUAUGUUUUGAAGUGUAGGUACUUUUAAUAUCUAUUUAACUAGAUAGGUAUUCAUAUGUGAUCAUCAAAUAUUGUAAUUAGCUCACGUUAUCUCUGGGCCAGUACACUGUUUUUAACUUUAUUGAGAAUCGGUCGCCACAAUGCUCCGAGUCUCUUAAAUCAGUGACACAUCAUCUAAAUUCUUAUAUUGCAAUAUACCCUCACAUUUUACUGAGGUGUAAUACUCAUUAAGAAAACAUUAUAUGAUUCCAAGUAUAAAUAUUUUAUAUUCUUUUGUAAAAGUGAUUUUUCGUUUACUCAUAUAUGUGAUUGUUAAAUAAUACUUAAUUUUCAUCCUGUUUUACAGAAAGGAGGCGAUAAAGCCAAAGCUUCAGAAAAAGCAAAAAAUCGCAUGCGUGAAUUGAGAAUCCGCAAAUUAUGUUUAAACAUUUGUGUUGGUGAAUCUGGUGACAAACUUACCCGUGCUGCCAAAGUAAGUUCUUAUUAUUUUUUAAAAAAAUUAAUUCAUAUAUGUGCAUGUGAUUUCUAGGUAUUGGAACAGUUGACUGGUCAACAGCCUGUGUUCUCUAAGGCUCGGUAUACUGUCAGAUCUUUCAGUAUCAGAAGAAAUGAAAAAAUUGCUGUCCAUUGUACAGUUCGCGGUGCUAAGGCUGAAGAAAUUUUAGAACGUGGAUUAAAGGUUUGUGUUCUUCUGAUGUUUUUAUUAAGUAAAUAUUGUCUAACAGAAUAUUUUAAUUACUGAAUACAGGUACGUGAAUACGAAUUGAGGCGAGAAAACUUCUCAGAUACUGGUAACUUUGGUUUUGGUAUUCAAGAACACAUUGAUUUGGGUAUCAAAUACGACCCCAGCAUUGGUAUCUAUGGUUUAGACUUCUUCGUUGUCUUAGGACGUCAAGGUAACAACUUUAAUUAUGUAAUAUUAGUCUAUAGUGUAAGAGGUAACUUGUAAAACAUAUUAAAGGAAUAAGAGUAUCAAUCUACAUUACAGAUUAAAAGUAAAUAGGUGGUAAAAUAAAAUAAUGAAAUAGUGGUAUACUAAUAUCAAUAAUAUAUAGGUGGAAUAUUAUAUUAUUGAUAUUGUGGUGUAUUUUUAGUGUUUAUGGUUAUAGUAAUGAGUGGUUUAAAUCUUGAUUUUUAAUCUUAAAAAAUUUCAAAAUAAUAUAUUACUUGCUGUGUUGUAUUAAUAAUUUUAUAAAAGCUGGUAGGUGUACCACUAAAGACUAAUUUAUUUAUUUUUGUAUGCUAACAAAAGACAAUUUUGUACAAUGUUUAGUUCAACGUAUUUUAAAAUAUGUUUUUGUCAAAAUGUGACUUAAAUGCUUAAAAAACUACUACAUUUCACACUUAAAUCAACACCAUAAUACACAUUAACUAUGAUUAAAGUAUUUUUUAACAAUUCUAACAAUUUAAAUGCUUUAAUAAUUGGUUAUUUUUAAAAUAUAUUUGUUGGUCUGUUGUAACCAAGUUUAUAAUAUCAAAUAAUGUCUUCUUUUCCUUCAUCUAAACUAUUUGGUGUCGGCCACCUUUGUUUAAACUUGACUUGAUGCAUACAUCAGCUGUCUUCAUAUGAUUCCUAAUUGUAUCCAACUUUUUUCAAUCUUACUCUCAACCUCUUUCCUCCUAUGUAUAUUUUCAUUACAAUUACUGUUUCAAAUUCCCAUGCACAAAACAUCUCUGUCUAUUUUCUUACAUUUUGUCUACUAUAGAAGUCAUGCCUAACUUACCUUUUAUUUACUCGUUUCUUAUCCUAUCUUCUGUUGUCACUUCACUUAUCCACCUAAGCAUUCUCAUCUUUUUAUUGAAGUAAUGAAGUUCAUAAUUUUUUUUCUAUUUAAAAAAUAUUCUUUACAUUUUUAAAUUCUAUUCCUAGUCAAGGAAAAUAUUUGUAAUUAUAGUUAGAAUUAAAUAUUUAUUAAAAUAAACAAUUUAAUUGGUUUUAUUAUUAUACAAGGUACGAAUACAUAAAUACGACUACUUCUGUAAGCUUAAGCUUGUGUUAAAGUAGAUUAAAUUGCAAUAAUUUAUCUAGUUUUGGUCAAAACUAUAACAUCUAUAUAACUAGAUUGUAUAACUAAAUAACUUUAUAUUUUAGAAGUUACAUUUUAGCAUGGAUAUAGUUAUGAAAUUUAAAAUUAAGGGUUAAGUAUUAAUUUUUAAGAAUUCAAAGGUUGAUUUUAAAAUAUUAUAACUCUUGUGUGAGAAAAUAUAAUUUUCUUUCUGGAAAAUUCAUCGAAUUUCAAGAGUAAAAUAUCUAUCCAUUUUUUUCUAUUAACGAUUGUUUGAAGACAUUAUACUAUAACUAAGUUUAGUGUCGAGAAAUAAUACAAUAUAUUUUAAAUUCUUUGAAUAGGUUUCAACGUAGCCCACAGAAGAAGGAAGCAGGGUAAAGUUGGUUACCAACAUAGACUCGGCAAAGAAGAUGCUAUGAAAUGGUUCCAAACUAAAGUGAGUAUAUCUCAAUUACUGUUCUUUACAUUAUGAAUAACAUAAUAUUAAAGGUAAAUUAAUUUGUUUGUUCUAGUAUGACGGUAUCAUUUUAGCAGGAAAGAAGAACUAAUAUUGUUUUAAUAUUUAUUGCGCAACUACAAAAUAUAUUAUGUACAUUAUAUGUUCUUUUUCCAAAA